GGAAGGGAAAAUGCAGGCAGUUCAGGAAUCAGAAGAAGCUGCCUGCCGAGGGAUAGCCACUGGCUUUACUGGAUUCAUAAUGUGUUGAGCCUGAGGCUAAGACUGAGCCCUUCGUUCAGAAAGGUGUAAAUGAACAAGAAUGCUUAGUAAUUGGCCCAGCUGCUUGUACUGUCUGCCUCCCGAAGGGAUAUUACCCGGAUGAUUGCCGUGGGGAAGGAGAACUCCCCUCCUAGCAAAGGCAUUGAAUUCAGGACAGUGGCGCCCUUUUUGGGGCUGUUAGGGUGUAGAGCCCCACUCAUGAGUGUCUUGUCCCCGCCCCCUGACUCACCAAGGGCCUACAGAGGGCAGGUGUGAUCAGAGAAUCCCUGGGGUUAGUGUGUCAGUCCCAGCAACCGGGCUGACUCAACGGUAGCCUAAGGACUGUCCACAGUGAGGAAACUAGGGGACGAAGGUGACAGCGCCGAAUGGCAGGUGAACGCUGGUGCACACUUCUCAGCAAGCACUUCAACUGAAGCAGCAGAGGGACAAACUGAGGCAGUACCAGAAGAGGGUCACGCAGCAGCUGGAGAGGGAGCGGGCCCUGGCCAGGCAGCUGCUGCGGGAUGGCAGGAAAGAACGAGCCAAGCUGCUGCUCAAGAAGAAGAGGUACCGGGAGCAACUGCUCGAUAGGACAGAAAACCAGAUCAGCAGCCUGGAAGCCAUGGUUCAGAGCAUCGAGUUCACGCAGAUCGAGAUGAAGGUGAUGGAGGGGCUACAGGUGGGGAACGAAUGUCUGAAUAAGAUGCACCAGGUGAUGUCCAUAGAGGAGGUGGAGAGGAUCCUGGACGAGACCCAGGAGGCAGUGGAGUACCAGCGGCAAAUUGAUGAGCUGCUGGCCGGAAACUUCACCCAGGAGGAUGAGGACGCCAUCCUGGAAGAGCUGAAUGCAAUCACUCAGGAACAAAUGGAGUUACCAGAGGUUCCGUCAGAGCCGCUCCCUGACCGAAACCCAGAAGCCCCUGCCAAGGCCAGAUCCAGGCAGGCAGAGCUGGUGGCGGCUUCAUAACCUGGUCUCUCCAGGCACUCAUAGGGAUUCUCUGAGGACUGGCCCACAGAGCCUUUGGCUGCGAGUCAACCCUGAGGGCUCCCGGGAGGCCUGGAGGGCUGGACUGGCCAGUGCAGGUGCUGAUGGCUGGAGCAGCAGCUUACAUGGAAGCUGACAUCAGGGCGCCUUGAAGUUUAGUCUGGAUGCACCUUUGUCUCUUUCUCCUUCUGGACUAAGUGGAUCCCCGGCCAGCCAGGCCCAGCUUUAGGCAGCUGUGGACCCCAUGCUGGCCGCAGCCCACUACUCCUGGUGCUGUUCUCAUGCUGCCCCAGCCCAUGUGAGCUGCGCUCAGACCUCGGGGUCCCUGUGCUCCCCUCUCGUGUCUCUGCUGCUCACAUGAGCUGGUGGGGGCUUCAGCUGAGCAGUUCUCGCCUUGCCUGGCAUCCUGACACCCCUCAGUUACCCUGCAGGCUAGUGGCAGAAACCCUAGUGUUCUCCAAAUCUGUUGGAGCAUCUUUGCACCUCAGAUCACCUUGAGCCUCUUCUGUUGGGGGAGGUGGGCCAGGGGCCAUCCCACAGAAUGGACAAAUCUAGGAGCCCGGCUUGGGGUCUGUUCGCAGAAGAAAAACAUGUUGAAGGUGGUAACAAGACCCUGUUUUAAUGGGCAUGUACCCCAUGGAGUCCUGGACACACUAAGCCACCAACGCCCAGGAGGCACGGAACUCUGAACUGACCUCCAGAGCCCUAUGCUUGUUUCAUCACGGACAAUCUCUGGUCCUCGGGUCUUUGAGGAACAAAGGGUCUUAUGUACCCUUAGGGCCUACCAGGAAAGGAGGGCAUUUCUUCCUUACCCAAAACAGGUCAACCUCAGUAUUAAAGUUGACCCCUGCAUGGUCUUUGGCCUCUUGGA